AUGACAGAAGAGGACAUUUCUGCAGACUGGAACCUUCCCCGUCUCCUGAUUUUGUCAGAUUUUCCACUAGUGAACGGUGAAUUGAAAAGCUGUGCCGUGGAGAAGCAGAAAUGUCAGGUCUAUGUGACGGUGAGAGAGCACAGACGCCGCAGAGACAAAUAUGGACGAGGACAGUUGGAGGGGCAAUACCCAGCAGCACAGAGUCCCACUGAACGUUAA